AUGAGUGGGUCGAAGGGGUGGCGGCGUCAGCGGGUAGAAAGCCCAGUGGUUGACGGGGAGGUGGCACCGCCCCCCGCUACGCCCCUCCCGCUCGUCACUGGAAUGGUUGAGGAUGUGUCGGACGGCCCGGUGAGGUAUUGUGGCGAGGUGUUGAUGGACGUGGAAGGCUGGCCAGCCAGGAUGGUGGCGGAAAGCAAGAGUCGCGCGACCGACUUCUCUAUAGCCGCCAUCAUGGCUCGCAGCGCUGAACAGCCGGGUCUGCGCGGCCCUCUUGCCGUCGCACGCUCGCCAACUUUCAGCGAUCCGGUCUCGCGCCAAAGUUCCCCUGCAUCUCUUAGUUCUGGCGCAUCCAGUAGAUCGCCAGUGCCCGACGAAGAUGUGGAAGUAGACGUUGAACAGUGUUCCGACGGAGAGCGUGAUGCCUCCGAUCAUGCAAUACCUUCCCCAGCACCGUCAUCAGAGUUAGGCGAGCGAGACACGCCAUCACCUGCAAGACCUUUGGCACCUCCCGCUACGUCGUGCAACUGCGAAGAACUUCUCUCUGUAGACUGCCAACUAGAAACCAAGGAGUUAUGGGAUAAAUUUCACGAUCUCGGGACGGAAAUGAUCAUUACAAAGACUGGCAGGUUAGUACUUUGA